AUGCUGAUCAUUGCAUACUUUGUGUUUGUGGUACUAUUCAUUCUUGGUUUUGGACUUGGUUUUAAAUCAUGGAAGGGAAAGAAAGAAGAAAUAGUUGUUAACAAUCCAGCAUUCAUAGAAUUUCAAAGUAAAUAUUUCAGAGUAUAUUUUUUAGCGCUGCUGGCUGAGUGGCUGCAGGGACCUUAUUUAUUUAAACUAUACAGUGAUUACAGUUUUGUUGACCCUUACAUUGGUAUCAUAUAUGUUUGUGGUUUUGUUUCCAGUAUUCUGUUUGGUACUUAUACUGGUGUAAUAGCUGAUAAAUGGGGCAGAAAGAAGAUAUGUGUUUUAUUUACGAUUUUGUAUUCAAUUUGCUGCUUAACAAAAAUUUCAAGUAACUUUACAAUAUUGUGUGUUGGGAGGAUACUUGGCGGUGUAUCUACGAGUUUACUGUUCUCUGCAUUUGAUGCUUGGUAUAUGUAUGAGCAUACACAAACAUACCAAUUUCCAUCGGAAUGGCUAGAUGUAACUUUCUCGAAGGCAACUUUCUAUAACAGUGUUAUUGCUAUUUCUGCUGGAUUAAUUGCAAAUAUGUUAUCUGAGUGGAUGGGGUUCGGUGCCGUUGCUCCAUUUCUGCUUGCAAUUCCGUUUUUAGUCAUUGCUGGAAUUCUUAUACAGGUUACAUGGACAGAGAAUCAUGGUAAAUCUGGUCAUGCUUGUAGAGGAUGUUUUGAAAGUCUACGCUCCAUUGUCUUGAAUAAAUCUAUUUUUCUCAUUGGGGCAGUACAGGCCAUGUUUGAAAGUGUGAUGUAUAUUUUUGUGUUUUUAUGGACACCUGUUUUAUUACCAGCAAACCCACCACUAGGUAUUGUAUUUUCAAGUUUUAUGUGUGCAAUUUGGAUUGGUGGUAGCAUAUUUGAAUAUUUGCUGAAAAGAAACAUUAAAUCUACUACUAUUAUUUCCGGUGUCGUUUAUGGCGUUAUGUUUGCAAAUUUUUUAGCCUCACUCGCAAGUGCAAACCAUCCUCGUACAUCAUUCUUUUUAUUUUUGAUUACCGAAUUAUUAUGUGGCAUAUAUUUUCCUGCUAUGGGAAGACUGAGAUCGAAAAUUCUCCCUGCAGCACAACAUUCAGCCAUCAUGAAUUGGUUUAGAGUACCAUUGAACACUAUAGCAAGUGUUGUUUUAUUGGUACUACACGACAGCCAUAGUAAUGUGGGAAUUUCCCAUAUGUUUACCUUGUGUGCUUGUUUACUGCUGUGUGGUGGAGUGUGUUCCAUUUUGUUACACCAGUCAAUGAACUCGGAAGACGUACUUCAAAAAGAAAACAGUCCUGAAGUCUGA